CAAAGAGACUGCAUGAUGGCAGUUCAAGUUUAUCCAACCGAGGAGGCAGGAGGGAUAAGACAUAUUAGGCAUGACUUCAGAAUACCACAGGACUCCUUCUUGGAGCUUGCUGAUUUAGGAGACCCUGCUACCCCCACUCCAACAACAAAGCAAUCUUCUGUUCCUUUACCAGAGGAAAUAUUCUCAAUAAAUGAGUCUGACCAGCUCCUUUUUUACUUUAAGUGGCUGACCAAGCAAACGUCUGUCAAAGACAUUGACUUUGCAUACAUUAAUAAUCUGCUGGAGAGUAAUGCUGACAUAAAAGCAAGAGACAAUGAGACACUAUCAACAGUACUGCAUUACAUUGCUGCUAGCUGGGAUUGCUCUGUGGCUGAGAUUGCAAUAAAUCAUGGUUGUGAUCCAAAUGCUCUUGAUUUCAAGGAUAGGACUCCAUUACACAUUGCAGCAUACUUCAAUCACACGGACAUGAUUGAGUAUCUAAUAUCAAAUGGAGCUGAUUUGAAUUUGAGAUCUAAGGAAGGUCAAACUGCAGUACAUUAUGCUGUCAGGGCUUCAUCAAUAGAUGCACUUCGUUUACUUAUAAUAAAAUACAAUGCUCCUUAUGAUAAAGACUGUGUAGACAAUGAAGGCAGGACCCCGUUGCAUUUGGGAGCUGAUUUAGAUCGAACUGAAGCCGUUCAUUUCCUCAUUACUCUAAAAGCAAGACCUCCUUCACGCUGCGACGUAUAUGAUAUAAAUGGGUUUCCGGCACUGACUAGCAUGAUCAUUCAUAUGCCUCAGACAGCACUGUUGGCAUUGGAUCAGCUUCAUCAAGUGUUCUCUGAUGAAAGAAGGCAGGAAUAUUACUUGAAUAGAAUUGAAUCGCAGCGCUGUAAAACCAAGACACCAUUUGAGGCUAUUCUAAUAGCAAACUAUCCUGAUCUGUUGACCCAUCCAGUCAUGCUUAAGCUAACAGAAGCAAAAUGGCACAGACUAUCAAGGUGGUAUUUUAUUCUCUCCCUUGCUAUCCACACCCUACUCCUAAUAGUUUGGAGUGUGCUUAUAGGCUAUCCUCCAAUUCAGGAGAAGCACAUCUAUAGACUUCCACAAGACAUUUGGAGGAUCAUAUUAGCAUUUUUAGGCAUGAUUCUGCUUGUACUUCUAAUUGUAGAUGAGAUUAGAAAAUUUAUUAACUCUUACAAGAAAAACAAAAAAUUCAAGGAACUAUUAGUUAGGAAGCUCAACAUUGAUUACUCUAACUGUGAGGGCCCACAAUUUGAAGAAGAGCGUUACUUUAUCAAAGAGAAGUGUAUCGCUCUUAAGAAACUGAAAGCUGAAUACUUCCGAGAUAAAUGGAAUAUAAUUGAUGUGCUUGGUCUUAGCCUUUUGUCGAUUGUCUCCAUACUUCAUAUCAUUGAUGUCAUCAGUCACUCACCUUCUCUAUCACAAUGGAUUGCAAGAAUUGCUAGCAUUGGGCUUAUAUUGAUUUGGGUGAAAUUAAUGGUCUAUGCCAGAGCCUCAACAACACUUGGGCCAAUGGUUGCAAUUCUGUCUCACAUUGCAGGAAAAGUUGUGCAGUAUUACUCUAUAUACUUGAUAAUAUACUUGCCUUUUGUCAUUUCUUUUUGGCUAUUGUUUGGUGGACCACAGCAGUCAUUGGCUAAUGUCACAGCUCCGUCAGAAGAACUGACUUAUUUGUAUAGAAUGUUUGUGGUGUUGUUUAGAAUGUCAAUAAUUGAUGACUAUCCUUAUCAGGCUAUAAGAGAUGCAGAUGAGUUGAGUGCUACAAUACUGACUUGCACAUUCCUGCUACUAAUGUCCAUCAUUGCUCUCAAUCUAUUCAUUGCUAUACUUUCUGAUACUUUUCAAAGGGUAUAUGACAAUGCUCAUGCUAAUGCUCAGUACCAGAAAGCUAAUCUCAUAAUGCUAAUGGAGGACAAGGCUUAUCACAGGUGCCGUGAGAGCUUCUUGCAGCAUAUCAGCAAGAAGUGUGCACCAACUGUUAAUUAUUAUGACGACGACGAUGAUGUGUUUGAUGAAGGGAAGAAGACAUUUGCUAAACUGGCACAAGAAACAAAUGAAAUCGUUCAAGAUCUUAAUAAGAUGCUCCUUACACAAAAGAAAGAGAUAAGUGAUCUUCAGGCCACAGUAAAAUCAAUGAACUCAAAACUAGCUACAAAGACUGAAGCCCCAGGGACCAUAAAUCCAUAUCUUAGAAAUAUAAGAGGACCUGUUGCUCCUCCUCCUCAACCAGUCAAUAAAACUACUCGGAGGAUUAAUAGAAGAGCAUCUAUUUUUGCUUCAAGACGCUCGCAGUAUGGCUCCUCAAAAUCAAAUUCACAGCCGUCCAAAAAUACUGGAGCAACUGAAAAGCGUGAUUCUAAAGGAGUGGUAGGUGGACAGAAGAAAAAGACAAAAGAAAGAGAAUGAUAACUGGCAAGAUUUAUCAUUUCAGCAUGGUAUGCAUGAAGUUUCUAGUAUUUAAAAACUAAACAAUAAAACUUUAGCAUAUUCUACAGUAUUCAUUUUGCUAUAGAUUUAAACACACAUAGAUUUAAACACA